CUGCUCUCAGCUGCAGCCUCCUCCUCUGUUCCCUACGCUUUCUGCUGCCUCCUCCCUCCCCUCCCUCCUCCAGCACCGGCUGCCGUCCUCCCUCUCUCCCUUCAUCCCUAGCCCGGCUCUCACCCGCAGCCCUAGUGGGACCUCCAUGAACACACCAUGAUGACAGGCAUCGCCGCUGCUUCCUUCUUCUCCAAUGCCUGCCGCUUCGGGGGUUGCGGGCUCCACUUCACCACCCUGGCCGAGCUGAUAGAGCACAUCGAGGAUAACCACAUCGAUACAGAUCCACGUGUCUUGGAGAAGCAGGAACUGCAGCAGCCUACAUAUGUGGCUUUGAGUUACAUCAAUAGAUUCAUGACUGAUGCAGCCCGACGUGAACAAGAAACACUAAAGAAAAAAAUUCAGCCUAAACUCUCAUUGACAUUGUCAAGUUCUGUAUCCCGUGGAAAUGUGUCUACCCCCCCACGACAUGGCAGCGGCAGCCUCACACCUCCAGUCACCCCACCAAUCACACCAUCCUCCUCCUUUCGCAGUAGCACUCCUACAGGAAGUGAGUACGACGAGGAAGAGGUAGACUAUGAAGAGUCAGACAGUGACGAGUCAUGGACCACAGAGAGUGCCAUUAGCUCUGAAGCCAUCCUUAGUUCCAUGUGCAUGAAUGGGGGAGAUGAGAAACCAUUUGCCUGCCCUGUUCCUGGCUGUAAAAAGAGAUAUAAGAAUGUAAAUGGCAUUAAGUACCAUGCCAAGAACGGGCAUAGAACACAGAUCCGAGUGCGUAAACCUUUCAAGUGUCGCUGUGGGAAGAGUUACAAGACAGCUCAGGGUCUCCGUCACCAUACAAUCAAUUUCCAUCCACCGGUCUCUGCCGAGAUCAUCAGGAAGAUGCAGCAAUAAAAGCUGAACCCCCCUCCCCGUGCCAAGAAGCCCUCACCAGCAGACGCUGAAUCUGAAACAGCCGCCGUUCCUCUCUUCUUUUCUUUGCCAUUGUAUUUCAGGGGAAGCACUGGCUCAGUAGUAGGAAUUACAGUGCAUGCUUUGGCCCAGCAGCCCCACCUGGUCGGAAUGGUGCAAGUCUAAAGGGAAAUCUCUUUUGCACUUUUGCACAGGUUAUUUUCCAUGCCCAUUCUCAUUACUUUGACAAAGGUGCUAAAAUAAUGAGAUGACAUGAUUAAAUAAGUGUCGUUGGGCAAGAGCCCCAGGUCACCCCCCCACCCCCAGUGCAUAACAUUUAAGGGGGAACUGCCAUAUUAUAAACAGAAAUAUCCACCAAGUUUUAGUGGAUGUUUAAUAGAUCAGCAUUAUUAUUUUGCAUGGUUUACGAAGAGGGGUUUUCCAAAAUGGUACUACACACAAAAGGUGUAAACGACAUGGAAUCAUUGAGCCCAUUUAAAGGCAAAUUGCUUGCUCUUACAAUACACACAAAUGGGUGCACAAAAAACACCGAGCUUUUGUGGUGCAGUUGAAUGAUUGCUGUCUGUCCAUUCAGUGACGUGUAGCUGCCUCUCAGUGCCUCCUGGUGCAGUAAGGGGCCGGCAGCACGAGACAUUAGCUUGCACCAGUGAUAAAUGGAAAUAAGACAUUAAAGGGACCUAAACCCAACCAUAAGGGCUCUGGCACACGGGGAGAUUAGUCGCCCGCGACAAAUCUCCCUGU